AUGAAGAAGGUGGGCACCAAGGUCAAGUACUUGGUGAAGUGGCAGGAUCUCGGCCCUAUCUACAAUGAGUGGGUUGAUGAGAGUGAGCUCCUCGAGAACUGUUCGGAUAUCGUACAGGAAUACCAUGACGGCCUCCUCAAGACAGUCAACCCCGAGCAAAAGGAACCUCGAGUCAAACAGAGCCUGCCAGUCUCACACGCUCCCCUGACCAAGCCACGCCUAACACUUCAUAACCCCCAACACGACCCGACACAGCCACAACCCGCGAGGGUUGACAAUGACAACCACCUCCACCCAGUACCGCCGGAUCAAGCAGCACAGCGCCAACCGAACCAUCAUCACAGCCACGAAUGA